UUAGGAAAUAAUGAAUUAAUUUAGAAUAUAUUUUUCUAUUUAAGAUUGGCUUUAAUUAUUUGAAGAUGGUUAAAAUUACUUCUUCCAUUAAUAUAACACCUGACGAAGAUGUAAAAUUAGAGAAAAAUCCUAACAUGAUAGAGGACAAAUUUGUAGCGAUUGCAACUGAAGAAAUGAACGUUUCAAGAGAAGUUAAGUGCGGUGAAAUAAUAUUUUUCAACAAGAAAUUUAAAUUUUCUUGCAAUUUAUGUGAAACAAAUUUUUACAAAGUACAAUCUUUCGCAAAGCAUUGUCUAAAACUGCAUUGGAAUUUCAGUUUAAAUGACGUUAAAUUAGUUUUAGAUGCAAUGCUUUCAAAUGAGGAUACAGAAGAAAACGAAUUGCUAGAUGAUAUAAAAAAUUCUUUUGAUAGUCCAAUUGAAGGUUUAUUUGAUAGAAGCUUAUCACCUGCGGGAGACAUAAAAGAAGAAAAUUCGGAUAAUGAAAGUAUAAAAUCGAGUAAAAGUUCUCAUCGGAAAGAUUUAAAUUCAGAAGAAAGUGAAGAUGAAGAAGAGAAUUUCCAAAAUAAUUUUACUGAUAGUAUUAACUUAGAAAAAAAAUUGAACAACACUAACAAAGUUGGAAAAUUGGGAAAUGAUAUUUGCCAAUAUUGUAAUAAACCGUAUAAAAGAAAAACGGAUUUACGCAAGCAUUUUAUGUUGUGCAAAAAGAGACCUGCAAAUGAAGAAGAAUAUGAGCAAAAAAAUGUUACUUUAUUUUGUAAAUUCAAUUGUGGCAGAACUUUCCAACGAAAAUGUGAUUUGUCCCACCAUGAAAAUCAUAAACAUAAUCCAGACGGUAGCAUUAAGGUUUGGGUUCCAAAAGUAAAAACAUAUAUUUGUGAAACUUGUGGAAAUUGUUAUCAACGCAAACAUUAUUUAAUACAACAUCAACGGGUACACACUGGCGAAAGACCGUAUUCUUGUGAAUUAUGUCCGAAAACUUUUACAAAACGAAAUAAUUUAACUCUUCAUAUGCGGCAUCAUUCCCAGGAACGAAAGUUCAAAUGUCAAUAUUGUGGAAAAGGCUUAACAGAUGCAAAUAAACUUCGAAUGCACGAAAUGAUCCAUACUGGGUUGUACCCAUUUAAAUGUGAUAUUUGUGAGAAAAAGUUUCCUUGCAAUUCUAAAUUGAAUGUCCAUAUCAAAAAGCAUAUUAAUGAUAGAAUUUAUAAGUGUGAUUUAUGUGAGAAAAGAUUCCUUGAUCCAGAAACUUUGAAAGGUCAUGCAGCUGUACAUAGUGAUGAAAAACCAUUUGCUUGUGAAAUUUGUCCUGCCAGAUUUCCUCGAAAAGGUGCCCUGCGAUUACAUAUGAAUUUACAUAAUGAGAAAAAGAAAUAUAGUUGCAAAAUAUGUGGAAUGGAAUUUCAUCAAUAUAAUGGUAUAUACUCGCACUAUAAAAGACAUGGAAUAAAAUACUCAAUAGCUUAUGAAAAAGGGGAAGUCGAUGGUACAAUAGAAUCUAAAUCAGAAAAUGAAUAAGUUUUAUAAUAUAUUUUUAAAGUAUAUAAUAUUAAAAUUGUAAAUAAAAUAGAUAAAUAAGUAAAUACUACAUAUUUUUAUGUAAAAAAAGAAU